UUAACACACCGCGUGUGCUGUAUGGUUAUGUCGUCGUAAGUGCGUGUAAACACUUUUCAAAGUUUGUUAUAAAUGUCUCGGUAGUUGUAGGAUUAUACUUUUCUAAAUUGAAUAAUAUAGUGUUUAGAGAUCUGUUUGUUCUUUCGUUUUUAUUUUAUAAGUAAUACUUUACGUUAUGGAUUUUUACGACAUUUAUCGUAAGUUGACAGGACACAGUCCUAGAGUAGGCUUUAGGACUAAGGAGCAAAUAGAAAAGAUGAACAACAUAACUACUAACAAAGCACCAAAUGUUUCAACUGAUUUGAAUAAGCCCAUUAAGAGAAGUCGCUCUCUUGACAACAUCGAAGAGAAUUCUAGCGAUGAAGAUGAGCUAACUCUGUUGGAUGGAAUCAAAUCAAGUACCAAAACUGAAAAUUCAAAGCACAAAAAGAAGAAAAAAGGUGAGGCUGGGAAAAGUAAGAAGCAAAAACUAGCAGAAUUGGAGCAAGAAAGGAUAAAUCGCUUGAGAAAUGUUCACCGUAUCACUGCUGUGGGGGAGAACCCUCCCCCUCCGGUAGAGAGUUUUGAACAGUUACAUCUGGAGUACAAAGUGAGCAAUAUUAUCAUCAAGAACUUAGUUGCUUCUGGAUAUGAAACACCCACCCCUAUCCAGAUGCAGGCCAUCCCAGCAAUGAUACAGGGGCGACAGAUCCUAGCCUGUGCUCCCACAGGAUCGGGGAAGACGUUAGCGUUUCUGGUUCCCAUCCUGCAGAGUCUGGCCUCACCCAAGAACUCAGGAUUCAGAGCCCUGAUUGUCUGUCCUACCAGAGAAUUGGCUCAGCAAACGUUUCGAGAAUGUGCUUGGCUCAGUGAGGGCACAGGUUUGAGGGCGCAAGUCAUGAAGAAGAGUGCUUCUCUGGCUAUGUCUAACAGAACCUCUGAUUUCACUAAUAAAAACGAUAUAUUAAUAACAACACCAAACAGAAUUGUGUACAUGCUGAAACAAGAACCCCCACUUAUAUCUUUAAAAAGUGUCCAGUGGCUUGUAGUGGAUGAAUCAGACAAGCUGUUUGAAGCUGGAAUCCGAGGGUUUAGGGAUCAACUGGCUGAGAUCUACAAGGCAUGUGACUCAGAACACGUGCGACGUGCCUUUUUCAGUGCUACUCACACAGUUGAGGUUGCCAAGUGGUGUCGGAAACAUCUCAAGAACCUCCUCUUGGUCACAGUUGGUCAAAGAAAUACAGCAGCUGAUUUGGUCCAGCAGGAACUAAGAUUUGUUGGAUACGAAGAUGGAAAGAUGAUUGAAUUUCGCAAAAUAGUUCGAGAGGGUCUGCCACCCCCAGUGUUGGUGUUUGUCCAGUCAAAAGAACGAGCUCGUGAACUGUUCACUGAACUGAUCUAUGAUCGCAUCAAUGUUGAUGUUAUACACUCAGAGAGGACACAACUUCAGAGAGACAACACUGUUCGAGCAUUCCGAGAGCGUAAGAUUUGGGUGUUGAUCUGUACGGAACUGAUGGGCCGAGGAAUCGACUUCAAGGGUGUCAAUCUUGUCAUCAACUUUGACUUUCCAAAGUCUGCAAUCUCAUACAUCCAUCAAAUAGGCAGGACGGGCCGAGCGGGUAGACCAGGCAGAGCCAUUACCUUCUUCACUAUAGAGGAUUUUCCAGCACUCAGAAGUAUAGCUACUGUGAUGAAAGAAUCGGGCUGUGAAGUUCCAGAGUACAUUAUGAACAUGAAGAAGACCAGUAAACGAGAGAGGCGUAAAAUGGAACAGAGAGCUCCUAAGCGAAAAUCCAUCAGCACACAGCCAUCUUAUGCCAAGUUCAAAAACAACAGGCUCAAGAGUAAAAUCGAGAGCACUAAGAGACGGAAAGCACUGAAAGCCAAUAAACAAAACAAGGAAAUGGAAAAGCAGCAGUAAUUGUAUAUUUACAGAUCUGUAAAUAAAAAUUAUUUAUUUUUA